AUGGGAGGCCCCAUUACCGACUUGGGCCUGACGUGCCCCGAAUCCGGCAAGUUUUACAUUUGCGAGGACAAGCCAAAUCGCUUCGUGGGAUGCUGCACCAUCGAUCCAUGCUCGACAAAGGACGGCCUUUGCCCUGAUAAUGCCGUCCGGCCUGCUUCGUUCGAUCCCGGUGUUUACGACCAGAUUCUGGCGCAGCAAUGCGUGGACCCGGGAUUCCUCUGGUACACUUGUCGCGAUUCUUCGCCGCCGUUUAUGGGAUGUUGCUCCCAGAUGGGAUGUGAGGACAGCGGCUGUCCGGUAGACAAAGUCGGAGUGGCGACUCUGAGCAGCAAUGCGAAACAAGCAGCUCCUUUCUUGUCGUCGGACGGCUCGUCAUCGACAACAAGCUCUUCCACAACAAGCUCUUCCACAACAAGCUCUUCCACAACAAGCUCUUCCACAACAUCGUCAACCUCUUCGACAGUCACAUCAACCGCCAGCAGCGCCGUAUCAACGACACUAAGCACAGCUACGACCACAAACACGAGUCAAAGUGCCGCGCCACAGCAGAGCACUCAAACUCCGACAGAUCCACCCUCGGUGCAUAAAGGAUUGGACAAAGGGGCCAUCGGAGGCAUUGCAGUAGGAGCCGUAGCGGGAGUCUGCAUGCUGGCUCUAGUUGCCUUUUGGGCUCUUAGGCGACGGAACAACAACAAGAAGCCUCCGUAUGCCUUUGCGGUUGGCCGCAGCGGUAAAGACUCGCUGGCCGAGCAUCGAGAUCGUACAGCGCCGUCGCUGCUAGGAGGCCGAGGCAAUGCUGCUGCUGUGGAACAGAUGGCGGAGCUGCCACCAUCGCCGCGUCUCAAGUCUCCAGCCAUCUCGGAGCUGCCUGCUACGCCGUCGCAGCUGAGCAUCAGCUCUGGUACGACACCAGCCCCUCGACAUAUCGCGUCCUUGAUGCGCUCCCAAGGUUUCCAAGGUUCCCAAGGCCCAGCCGGCAGAGAGAGCUCAAUUUCCGGCUUUUCCGCCCCGACACAGCCAGCGUCGCAUAUGAAGCAGGAGCAAUCACCUCUGAUUCACCAGACGCUGUUUGAGCUCGAGGACUCGUCGAGCCGCGCUCUCAUGGGGAGACGGCAGUGA